AGGAGCUGAGCCCGGUGAGCUCAGCACCCUUCGGAUACUGCCGCGAGGUGUGGAUCCCCCAAGCUGCUUGCGUAGCCCGGCACACUUGAGGACCUCUCCGGCUAGCUAGAAGAAGCUUUCCUGCGGGCGCCGGGCGAGCAGGGCGCUUGGGCUCAAUAGGCAAAGCGGAUCUCGGGCAGAGUCGGGCAUUCUCUCCCUUCCCGGCGGCGUUCCGUGAAGUUCAGAAAGCGGCAUGUUGAGCUGGGGUCUCCCUGGAUCCGUGCUGGGCGGGCUGCUGGGUUUCUGCCUUCUUCUAGCAGGAUCUAGUUCAGGAUUCAAAUGGAAAGGUCCCAAAUUAAACAUAACAGGAGCAUACCAUGUCAUACAAGAAGGAGAUACUUUAAACAUCUUGUGCAGUGGAGAUGUGCCCCAUUCUUGGUUUCUGCCUGAAACUCUAAGUAGGAAUGACAACCGGUUGAAUACAAUGACUUAUGCUUGUGGAAGACACAACAAGCAGUUCUGCAGCAGCCUGACUUUGAACAGAGCUCAAGCAACUGACACGGGAUAUUACAGCUGCAAAUAUCCAUCCUCAAGUGAAAUAAAAAAGAAGACUAUAUCUAAAAUAUAUGUAUUUAUUAAUGACACACAAAACCCAUUUAUCAAGCUACAUACAAAUAUACCAGAAAUGAUACGUACAACUGACGGAGAGGAGCUGAUUGUCCCCUGCAGAGUUACAGCACCUGAUAUCCAUGUUAAAUUAAGAAUGAUACCAGGAGGAAACAUCAUUCCUGAUGGGAAAACAGUCAUCUGGGAUAACACAAAAGGCUUCAUAAUUCCGAAAGCAACUUAUAAAUUCAUAGGGCUUCUUAGCUGUGAAACUACUGUUGAUGGUCAUGAAUAUAGCACCAAAUACCUGACAUAUAGGCUAAACAAUGAAAUCAUUAGUGUCCAGGUGAAUGACUCAAAACCAGUGAAGUUAUUCAAAGGACAAAGUCUUGUUCUCAACUGUAGCAUCACUGCAGCCUGGAACACCAGAGUGCAAAUCACAUGGAGUUAUCCUGGGGAGGCAAGCAAAAGAGCCACCAUUAGUAGAAGCAUUCAACAAAGAAAAGACGGGCCCAACCUAUUCUAUAGCAUCCUUGUUGUUGAUAAAGUCCAUGAUAUAGAUAAAGGCCAAUACAUCUGCAAUGUUAAGAGUGGGCCAUCACUCAAAUCAGAUAGCGUAAAAGUUUUUAUUUAUGAUAAAGCAUUUAUCACUUUGCAACAUCGACAAAAAAACAUGCUGGAUGUUAUGUCUGGCAAGAAGUCCUAUCGACUUUCUAUGAAAGUGAAAGCAUUUCCUACACCAGAGGUUGUAUGGUUGAAGGAUGGGUUACCUGCUGCUGAAAUGUGUGCCAGAUAUAAAAUUAAAGGUUUCUCACUCAUUAUAAAACAUGUUGCUGAAGAAGAUGCAGGAAACUACACUAUAAUGUUGAGCACCCAACAGUGGAACCUACAAAAAAAUUUAACAAUAACACUCAGAAUAAAUGUGAAACCUCAGAUUUAUGAAAAAGUGUCAUCAAUUCCUGGUCCUACUCUCUAUCAACUAGGAACUAAGCAAAUUUUAACAUGCAUUGUUUAUGGCAUUCCUCAACCUGUGAUAAAAUGGACCUGGCAGCCAUGUCAACAGAACCAUUCCAGAACAAGGUAUGACUUUUGCUCCAGUUCAGAAAAUUCGCUAGUUUUGACACCUGAAAGCACUACAGGAAACAGAAUCCAAAGCAUUACACAAAGAACAGCUUUAAUAGAGGGGAAGAACAAGACUGCUAGCAUCCUGGUUGUGGCUGAAUCCAGAACAUCUGGAACCUACAGCUGCAUAGCAUCUAAUAAAGUAGGAAAGGACAAAAGAGACACCAGUUAUUUUGUAACAGAUAUACCAAAUGGAUUGUCUAUUAACUUGAAGAGAGCACCUGUUGAAGGACAAACACUGGCGCUGUCAUGUCUAGCGAACAAAUACUUAUACAAAGACCUCACUUGGCUUUUACCAAGGACAGCUAACAACCAAACAAGAAUUAAAAAAGUCAUUGUGAAGGAAUAUUCCAUGGAGCUCCCUCUCAUCAUCAAGAAUAUUUCGCUUGACUAUUCAGGCACCUACGUCUGCCGAGCAAGAAACGUCUACACUGGCAAAGACGUGCUUCAAGAGAAAAACGUUACCAUCAGAGCUCAGGAAGCCCCAUAUCUCCUUCGGAAUGCCACUGAUCAGGUGGUCAACACCAGCUACUCUCUUAGCCUGCAGUGUUCUGUACAUGGUGUGCCAGAGCCCCAGGUAUGGUGGUAUAAAAACAACAAACAGAUACAUCAAGAGCCAGGUAUAAUAUUAGGGCCAGGAAAUCAGAGCCUCUUGAUUGAAAGAGUGCAAGAGAGCGAUGCUGGAUCCUAUCAGUGCAUAGCCACUAAUCUGAAAGGAAUGGUGACAAGUUCAGCCUAUGUUACAAUACAAGGAACAUCUGAAAACUCAAAUCUGGAGCUAAUAACAUUGACCUGCACCUGUUUGGCAGCCACACUCUUCUGGCUCCUGUUAACUCUCUUCAUACGAAAGCUGAAAAGGCCUGCUUCCUCCGAAAUAAAGACAGACUACUUGUCAAUCAUAAUGGAUCCUGAAGAAGUCCCCUUAGAUGAACAAUGUGAACGGCUUCCUUAUGAGGCCAGCAAAUGGGAGUUUGCCCGGGAAAGGCUUAAGUUGGGGAAGACACUUGGGAGAGGUGCUUUUGGGAAAGUAGUGCAAGCAGUUGCAUUCGGAAUUAAAAAAUCACCCACGUCCAAAGUAGUUGCUGUGAAAAUGCUGAAAGAAGGAGCAACAGCAAGUGAAUAUAAAGCUCUGAUGACCGAAUUGAAGAUUUUGACACAUAUAGGCCAUCAUCUUAAUGUGGUGAAUCUGUUGGGAGCAUGUACAAAGGGCAGAGGACCAUUGAUGGUGAUAGUUGAAUAUUGCAAAUAUGGAAAUUUGUCAGGUUAUUUGAAGAGCAAAAGGGAUUUAUUUUCUACCCACAAGUAUGGAUCCAUUCAAAGAGACCCUUUGAUGGAGAAGAAGGAUGUUGAGCCCAUCAGCGGUCCAAAAAAAAGACUGGAGAAUGUCCCAAGUCGAGAAAGCUUAGCAAGCUCUGGAUUUCAGGAAGAUAAAAGUUUAAGUGAUGUGGAGGAGGAAGAGGAGGAUGUCAGUGAUUUCUACAAGUGGCCCCUUACCAUGGAAGAUCUGAUUUCUUACAGCUUUCAGGUAGCCAGAGGCAUGGAAUUCUUGUCAUCUCAAAAGUGCAUCCAUCGUGAUUUGGCAGCCAGGAACAUCCUUUUAUCCGACAACAAUGUUGUGAAGAUCUGUGAUUUUGGCCUUGCAAGAGAUACUUAUAAAAAUCCUGAUUAUGUGAGAAAAGGCGACGCACGUCUUCCUCUCAAAUGGAUGGCACCAGAAUCUAUAUUUGAUAAAGUCUAUAGUACCAAAAGUGAUGUCUGGUCAUAUGGAGUAUUACUCUGGGAAAUAUUUUCUUUAGGUGCAUCCCCAUAUCCUGGCAUACAAAUAGAUGAAGUCUUCUUCAGAAAGUUAAAAGAAGGCAUAUGCAUGAAAGCUCCGGAUUUUGCAACCCCAGAAAUAUACCAUAUUAUGCUUCGCUGUUGGCAAGGAGAUCCAAAUGAAAGACCAUGGUUCUCAGAGCUGGUGGAAAUAUUAGGGGAUUUACUUCAGGCUAAUGUACAACAGGAUGGCAAAGAUUACAUACCUUUGAAUACUUUGUUACCAGAGGACACCAGAUGUGACCAUUGCUCUCCUAGUUCCUCUGAUCUUCAUGAGAGAAAAAACAGUUCAGUACCAGCCUUGACUAAUGCAAGUGCUGAAAUUUUGGGAAAAUAUGUUCAUGCUUUCAAGACGAAACCAUUCCAAAGAGCCUUUGAAGAAAGUUCACCUAAGCACAAGUUUCAGCCUGAUAAUUAUCAAGCUGAGGGUAGAAUGGUGCUGCCUUUGAAACAGCUGAAACGUUUUACAUGGACUGGCAUCAGACCAAAGCAAACUUUUGGGAGUUUGUACCCUGGAAACAGAAGCAAGGGAGCUGUUUUUUUGGACACGGCUGAGCCAAAUGAAUACAGUUUCAGUUUUGAUCAUAUCACUGAUACGAUGCAGCCACUUACCUGUAGCAAAGUAAUGUGGGAAAAGAAACUAGUGCAGGAUCUUUCUCCUUCCAGUCUCAAUUCAAUGGUGCGCCAUUCUACUUGCUAACGUUAAAAUACCUGUCUUUUGAGCUGCAGGUCUCAGCCACCACUUCGGUGCACCAAAUAUUAUACUGCUGCUCAUUAAUUCAUUAUCCCUUGGCUCAUUUCUAUAAUGCAACUCCCCACAUUAUCAUGCAUAAGCCCCUAUCCAGUUGAUAUAAAUAGGAGGAGGAAGGGGAAUUAUGUAUGUUGCCUUAUUUAUUACAAUAAUAAAGGUGGGAGAGAAAUAUAGUACAGAAGAAGAGCUAUUUGCUGGAAGGAAUGAAAAUCUUGUGCAUUGAUUUCCCCAGUUCUUAACAUCAGAUUAAUACUCUGGAUUUCUUUCUUUUAUUCAGAUUAUAUUGUGCAACAAUGUUUACUAUUUGAAAAACAGCUGCCAAUCUAAUCUUUUGUAAGGCUGACUUCACACUUUUACUAGUCAUUUACCUUUUUGUGGAAAAGGAAUGAUUUUACGACACUUUUCAAACAAUUUAAAUCAAAUCUGCUACCCUUUUGGCUGAAGAGGCAUAGUUCAGUAAUACUAUUUCCAGCUAGCUGAAAACAGAAACACUGACUAAAGGGACAGUUUCUAUCUUUGAACAAGAAGAAGCAAAUUUGAAAAAGUGGCCCAACCACAUAUUCAGCUGGCUCUAUUAUUAGGCAGAGGGAAGCAACUGCCUCAUAUUAGCAAUUGUUGAGGGCCAGCAAAAGAGUACCCCAAGUGUCUUUUUGGGGGUCUCAAUUUGAGGACAGAGCAUAACCUCAUACCUGCAGAAGUAAUUCAUUCAGUAAUUCUCAUACCUAUAAAAGUGCAGGUAGUCCUCGACUUGCAACAGUUCAUUUAGUGACCAUUCAAAGUUACAAGGCUACUGAAAAGAGUGACUUAAGACUGUUUUUCACACUUUCACACUUAAUGGUCACACUUAAGACCAUUGCAACAUCUCCAUGAUCAUGUGGUUGAAAUUCAGACCCCUGGCAAGUGACUCAUAUUUAUGACGGUUGCAGUGUCCCAGGGUCGUGUGAUCACUUUUUGCGAACUUCAAGCAAAGUCAAUGGGGAAGCCAAAUUCAUUUAACAACCGUAUUACUAACUUAACAACUGCAGUGAUUCACUUAACAACUGUGGCAAGAAAAAUAUCAUAAAAUGGGGCAAAAUUCACUUAACAAAUUUCUCCCUUAGCAAGAGAAAUUUUGGGCUCAAUUUUGGUGAUAAGUCGAGGACUAACUUGUAAUUCGUUACAUGCUUUCUACAGGUCUAAUAUAAGGUGUUAUUAAAGAAACAUACUGCAGUAUACCUUGGACUAAAUAAAUAUGCAUAGAAUUGCUUUUUAAAAAAAAAUAUUUUGAAGGUUAUAGAAUUUAGCAUCCCUUAAUGCGCCAAAAAAAUAACAAAAAUUUCUAUAUGUAUUUCUUAUAUUAUAUUCAGAUUUUAUAUUAUAAAAUAGCAAAUGACAACAUAGGGAAGAUUAAUUAUUUUAAGUUAGCCUAUUGAGGAUAAAACUACUAUCCUAAUGUAGCUAAUCCAUAUGGAAUGGGAAGGCUAAGAAAUCUCUUCCUGAAGUACUGCUGAACUGAAAAUUGCUGGUGCUAUUUCAGCUGAAACAUUUAUAUAAUCCUGAAACUGUCCUGCAAACUUAAUUCAUAUGGAAGAUUGGGUAGCAUUGUUUCGGUUCAUUAAUGAACCACUGGAUGUUAAUCUGUCAAAGCCACUCAUGUUAGUCAUGCUUACAUUCCACUGACAGUAAUGAAGCUUAGAUUAUGCCUAAAUUUGCUUCACUGAGGUCAGCCAACAGUUUUUGGCUUAAGUCCUAUCCCAAUUAUUUUGAAUAAAGUUUCAUUGAACUCCAAUGCAGUUUAUUUCUGAGGAAACCUGCAUAGUGUUACAUUGUUAAGUGUGUUUGGAUUUGGGAGCAUUUUAUAAAAUCAAUACGCCUAUGAUCCUGAUAUUAAAGUAUGCUUCAUGAGAAACUAAAAAUUUGGGGUUGGGAUUUAAUUUUUAGUUUAGGCUAUUGGUUAUAAAUGGAGUAUUAAAAAACAAACCAACAGUUCUAAUGCUUCUAACAAGACUUUAAAAACUGGAUGUAAAUAGCAUGUACUGUACCUGUACCUUAAGCUUUUAAAGCUAUUUUAAUGUACUUUUUUGAAUUUUUGAAAUAAAAUGCA